AUGAUUGUUGGAGAAAAAACAGGAAUUAUUUAUAAUAAUGAAAUGGAUGAUUUUUCAUUAUUAAAUUCGAAUUUGGACAAAAAUUUUAUUUCACCUGGAAAACGUCCAUUAUCAUCUCAAUCACCUUUCAUUUUAAUUGAUUCAAAUGGAAAUAUUCGACAAAUUUUAGGUGCCGGUGGAGGAAACAAAAUUUUAACAACUGUUUCUCAAGUUUCUUUAAUUAAUCUUUUAUUUCAUUUCAAUAUUAAACAAUCAAUUGAUCGACCCAGAUUACAUCAUCACGCACUUCCGAAUGAAAUUAUUUUUGAAAAAACCUUUAAUCGAAUAAUUUAUCUUAUCAUCUUUUUUAAUCUUAAUUUAUUUUCCAAGGAUAUAUUAAAUGGAUUAAAACGUCGUGGACAUGAAAUGAAAUGUACAUCUUAUGGUGGAUCAGCUGUUCAAGCUAUUCAAUGGGAUUACAAUACCAAACAGUAUUGGGCAUAUGCUGAUCCCAGAAAAGGUGGAAAUACACAUGGAUAUUAA